AUGGGAGGAGCCCCACAGAAGGUGGCGUCGGUAUCUGCGCUCAGGAGCCGCCGGGUCCACCGGCCGCUCUCGCAGGGCCACAUCGCUGUGGUGGUGGACCAGGGCUCGGGCUUCACCAAGGCGGGCUUCGCAGGAGAGAGCCAGCCGCGUCUCGUGCUGAAGAGCUCCAGCCUAGUGCCCAGCUGGGACCGGCCUGUGCUGCCUGGAGCUCCAGGCUGUGAGCUGGCGGGCGGCGUGGCUCGGGCGCACCCCAUCAAACAUGGCGUGGUGGUGGACUGGGAGGCGCUGGAGGGGCUCUGGGAGCGCCUGCUGGUAGGUGGUUUGCGGGUGUGUCCAGAGCAGUGGCCAGUGCUGGUGAGCGAUUCGCCGUCGGCGCCACCCUCAAACCGCGAGAGGGUGGCUGAGCUGCUGUUCGAGGCUCUGGCAGUGCCUGCGUGCCACAUGGCGAGCACUGGGUUGCUGGCUCUGUGCUCCACGGGUGCGUUCAGUGGGCUGGCCGUGGAGGCAGGCGCGGGUGUGUGCCACGCCACACCCAUCUAUGCGGGCCACUCAUGGCACAAGGCCACCUUCCGGCUGGACGUGGCAGGCAGCACCCUGUCACGCUACCUGCGGGAUCUGCUGGUGGCAGCAUGUCCGGAUCUACUGCUGCGGACCAUACCCCGAAAGACCAUCACACAGCUCAAGAAGCGCUGCUGCUACGUGUCACUGGACUUUGAGGGUGACCUGCAUAAUCCUGCCCGCCACCAUCCAACCAGCUUCUGCUUAGGCAACGGCUGCUCUGUCUGCCUCAGCAGUGAGCGCUUCCGCUGCCCUGAACCCAUCUUUCAGCCUGGUCUGCUAGGCCACACUGAGCCAGGACUGCCCAGACUGGCCUUCUGGGCACUGCAGAGACUGCCUGGAACACUGCGGAAGAGGCUGGCUGACACUGUGGUGGUGGCCGGCGGCUCCACACUUUUCCCUGGUUUCACUGAGCGCCUGGAAAGGGAGCUGGAAGCCCAGUGCCAGCAGAAUGGCUGUGGGGCACUGCAGCCACACCUCGUGGCCAAGCCUGGGCGCGGUACAGCAGUAUGGACAGGUGGCUCCAUGGUGGCCUCAUUUCACAACUUCCAACGCCACUGGAUGACCCGGGCCAUGUACCAGGAGUGUGGCUCCAGGCUGGUGCAUAAAGUCUUUGACUGA